GGUUUCUGUAAGCAGGGCAGUGAAGCCUUUAGCAGAACCUGGUCUACAGAGACCACCAGACUUCUAUUCCCAGAAGAACUGUGCAUCUCAAUAUUCUACCCUACUGGAACAAGUGGAGGCACCAAAGAGGAAGCGAGGUAACCAGGGUGAGGUGGAGUCUCACUGUGAGAUGAUUGCCGGAAGUUAACUAUGGAGAGAAUAGAAGAGCUGAAGAGACUGGUGAGAAUAGACCAACAAAACUACAGGCGUCUGAAGGCAGAGCUAAUCAAAGUGAAGAGUGGAGAGCUUGAUCAUCAGCUCAAGGACAUGUGGAACGAAAUCCAGGCGAAAAAGAAAGCUUCAGAAGAGGCCCUGGAGGCUCAGCGUAGGGCACAGGAGGAAGCAGAGGCAGCCAAGGCAGCCACACAAGGACCCGUCUUCUGUAUACCUGAGGUAACCGCGGGACACUUACAUCAGUCUUCAGAAUUUACAACUGGACAAAAGGGUAAGAGACCAAUGCACCAAGUCAGGCAGCAGGCCCCUCAGCACCUACCACAUCUCCAGCUGCCAGCCGCAGCUGCUAGCUCUGCAGCUGCACAUGAAGGGACAGCUGAUGCUGCACCUGAAACUGUUGAGGGAGAACCUCCCGCUGGCCCCGCCCCCCUCCCAUCACCCCUCCCCUCCCCAAACCUGCCCCCACAACAGCAAGACGCACGAAGCCCGGCCCAGACGCCCACCAAAUUGACGUCGUACCAGAAACAGCCGCCUCCGUCGCCACUUCUUUCGUCCCUCCUGAAAACGAAACACCAAGAGCUGGCGCAACAGGGCCUUACCCAAGCUCCCCUGGAACAUGACCAUUCUUCUGUGCCACAGCCUCUCCCUCCUCUUACCAUUCCACCAUCAGCACCAACCUCCCAGCAUGCCCUGCUGGAAGGGUCAGGGGUCAUGGCAGCCCCGCUCCAGAGCCCAGCAGCUGCAGUGGGGCAGGGCCAGGUGGCUCCAGCUGCUACAGCUGUGCCCAGCUCACCUUCUGCAGGGGCUCCCACCCUCUCCAGAUUACUUAAUAAGACUUCAUCCGCUGCACAUCAUCAGAAAGGCAGCCAGCCUCCUUUACCCUCUCCCAACCCCCUCUCCCCUCCUCCUCAGUCACCCUCUCAUGGGCAUCCCCAAGAGAUGGUCUCGACUCUACAAAGCCCCACCAGCCAACCAGUGCAGGUAAUGACCAAGACACCUCCUGCUACCAGACAACAAGCCCCGGUGGUGUCCAUCCCUGUCACAGCACAGCAGCAAGCUAAGGUCAAACAGGAGCCUGUGCCAGAGCCCCAGCCAACAAGUCAAGCCCUUUCCGGUGUUCCAUCUGUCACACCCACCCCUUCAACUCCUCGGGUCAAGGAAGAAGCCAGACAAGCUGUCCAAGAGGAGGCUGUCCGGGUGAAGGAAGAGCCCAUGUCCCAGACUGAAGCCACUCCCUCCACUAAAAUAGAUGAAGUGAAGGAAACAAAAAGUAUGGUUAAAAAGAAGGGUCAGAGAGGCCGACCCAGAGGAUCCAGAAGGGGCACGCGAUCUCGGGCACGGCAAGAGCCGGAUGAAGGUGAUCGUGAGGGGGACCCAGUAGAGGGGAGUGACACGGGCGACCCCGGGAAGGAGGACACUCGGAGCGAGGUGGAGUACUCUGAGAGUGAGGAUGGGCGGCCGCAGGACAGCGAUGAUAACUCCAGCAUCAGCGCAGCAGGACCACAUCCACUGGCAGCAUCCUUCCAGUCAGACUCUCUCCCCAGCAGUCCAGCAUCCUUCUCACAAUGUAGUGAUGAUCAGGAGACGCUGAAGGCAGAACGGGCCUGGCGGAAGGCUAUCAUGAUGGUGUGGAGAGCUGCCGCAUCACACAAAUAUGCCAACGUAUUCCUCCACCCUGUAACUGAUGACCAGGCACCAGGAUAUCACAGCAUUGUCUUCAGGCCGAUGGACUUGUCAACAAUCAAGAAGAACAUUGAGACCGGUUUGAUCCGCACCACGGCAGAGUUCCAGAGGGACAUCAUGCUGAUGUUCCAAAACGCCAUCAUGUAUAACAACUCUGACCAUGACGUGUACCACAUGGCUGUGGAGAUGCAGAGGGAUGUCAUGCAGCAAAUACAGCAAUUCUUGGCCACUCAGCUCAUGGUGCAGACAGCAGACACGGGCAAGACCCAGCUGAGACUGAGGGAGACCACACGCAGACCAGAGGACCAACAGAGACGAGGCUCCUCUGAAGAGGGCGGCCCUGGGAAGAAAAGACGCAGAGCGGACGACCUGGCCUGAAGAACAUUCCCUUAGCUUACACUGUAUGAUAAUCUCAAGGUGUAUAAUGGAUCCACUACUGCAUAUACCACAAGGAAGACUACUCCUCUUUUCUACUAGAGGCCAGGCUGGUGUAGCAAAUCAUCAAUGAGUUUCAUAGACAAAACCAUCAAUUUUGCUUACAUUUUAUGCGUUGUUUAAAUGCUUCAUUUUCAUCAAGGGUUAAACAGAUCCUAGUUUGGCCACACAACAGUCAUUCAGCAAUCACUGUCCUAGCUUUGACUACUGAUGUGUGUGUGAAGAAAGAACAUGCAGAAAUGGUAUGAUAAGGACUGGAUGAUAGUACACAGGUUUUCAAAUUUCAUAACAAUGGAUACAUGUAUUAUAUAUAGAUACUGUGUUUGGGACCAAUUUUUUCUCAAGACACCAGAUCCAUGUUAGCAAUGGCUAAUAUAUUAUGGUGUCAUCCUUCAUCAACUAGCAUUGUCCAAAGUGUUAGUUAUUACAUUCAAUUUGAUAGCACAUUGGACAUCCACAUCUGAUGAUAAAGGUGAUUUUCAGCAUUUCUAUGUAAGAAAAGAUGUACUGUUGUUCAGUAUUUGAGCACAAUGCAUGAAUGUGAUUAAAAUGUGUCUGUUCUGCAGAUUUUCUAAAGUAAA